CACGGUGUUUUUGUCCAACAGGAAUCCUGGCGUUCUGGUUUCUUGUGCUCUGAAAACAAAUGCACCCGGUACCUUGUCCUUAUCCUCUCUAUUUCGGAUCGCUCCCCGAUGCAUCCGAUAUCCACACGUCCAGAGCGAGUUACGCGAAACGGCACGGAUAGGGGUCCGGUAAUGACAACCUUACCGAGAUGCGAUUCUCCGAAGUCGUACUUGGACAUUUUUGCGAAGUUAUAGCUGUGGGCUCAUGAGUGUCUCUCAGAAACUAGCUGAGUGCUUGCACGGCUCCCCCCUCCCCUCCCCACUUCAUUGCCCAUUAAGGUAUGUAGCAUUUCCCGUGCUCCACAGUAUUGCAGCCCUCUGUUUGUACCGCGUGUUAAUGGUAUUUUUCCUAAAGUGGAGGAAAAGCAGGUGAGCAAGAGGCCUCCUCAAUUGAUUCCCACAGGCGUCGUGCAGAAAUGAAAGAGCACCCAGCCCCCUUGCUUUUUCAUCGGCCUCUCACACGGGUGUUUGGGUGGGCGGCGAUCGAUGUCGCGAGACACGACGCGGGGUACCACUGCCCGGAACGCUGGGCUCUAUGUGGAGCGUUGUGGAAGCCUAGCAGCUCUGCUCAGUCGAUCAAACCAUGUUGGGAACGCAUUCUUUCCCUAUUUUCUGAAGAGGAGACGCAUCUUAGUGUCUGACGCGUCUGUGAGCAGAGUCGUUGCCUGCCCUCCCCGUCAGGGUACUCGACGGAAUGGCGCCGGAUCUGCUGGAUUUUCUCAAUGGAAAGGGACAUCGACGCUCCACAUCGGGUUUCCGUAGUAGAAAACAUCACGUCGACUUCUUUCCACUCUCAGGACCGAGCGCCGAUCCGACUCCGGCGCAGGUGGGAAGACACCGCCAUGGCGACAGGCGCGUCACGGCAAGACCCGUUUGUCUCGGACAAACGACGGAUUGCGGGUCCUUUUAGCUGGGCUUUUUCUGCGAACCUCGUGCCUUUCUUCUUGUUCGCAUUGCUGGCGGUUUACCUGCGCUCGGAAUUGCCUGCCGCAGCCAUGGGGAAGUCGAAUGUAUGCACCUACAAAUCGAUCCCAGUAAUUCUACGUAUCAAAAAGCCCGGGGAAGCCGUGACAUUCAAGUGCGGAGAACCCCAGCCGCAUGUUCUUCCUGCAAAAGUCGACGAUGAGUACAAGUUGUACUGCCAAGAUUCACUCUGCAAAGCCACAGCGCCUCUGUCCGAUGUCACCAUAACGACGACUGCAGGACAAGAGCGAUGGGAUACAGAGUACAAAGUGACAGCGGGCAGGACUCUCCCGGAACGGCCCUACACCAUGUACUUUGUUUGCACGUCGAUGGAAUCCGAUUUCGAAGAACGAGGAAACCUCGAAGUGUCGCGCUCAGACUCGUACACCAUCUACCAACCCAAAAUGUGCAAGGUGCAGGUUUCCGUCUGGGGAGCUACUCGACCCCAGUCGUUCGACAAAAAGUACGAAUGCGGAGACAACGUGUCACAAAUUACUCACACGAUCAAGGAGCGGGACUCGUCCGUCACAUUUCGAUGUGGACCCGGCAGAUUCCUUUCUCCCGGCAUCUUGGAUGUCUAUGUAGAGCCUCCGACGUACUCAAACCUCGUGUCGUUGGGUGCCAUGCUCCCCUUUGCGGAUUUGCACGAGCAUGCAUCUUCUACUAGGGACGAUAUUCCCGCGUACACACUAGCCGUCCGCGAUUUGCAAAAAACGAGGGAGAGGAAGCUGGGCUACCAUUGUGUGCCCGAUUCCUUGGACACUCAAAUAUGCAGUGUUGUUAUCAAUGUUAUCAACACCGACUACGAUCCUCUCACGGGUGUUGUUGGCAGCGAGGCUCCAAGCGGUGCCGCCUCGUCUCUGUCGCUUGUUCUCGUUCUCAUGGCGUUUCUUCCCUCGGGUUGCUCUUGAUGUGGAGAACUCGUGAGUGCAUUUUCCGCGAUGCUCCACACUACGCGAAAGCUGGUGAAAUAGAGCGUCUGCCUUGUUCCAUGCUUGAGUCGUGUAUAUCGCGAUUAAAAAGUCUCAGCGAGUCGUAGGGUGCUUGUGGCACUUAGCUGUCCCCGUAUGAAAAACGCGGGUAUGGCAAAAUGCCUUGUUUUGAAAGUACAACACUACCUAGAAACACGAGCAAGGGCCAACCCCUGUGCUGCCGGGUUCUAGGUUGUUUUAGCCUGUCUGUCUUGUGAAAUUGCCCCAGACAUCCUUGUCCAAAUAAAGAAUAGCUCGUGGUGACACAAGGCUGUGUGCUUUGAGUGGCCUCCGUGUAGCGCGUUUGCCGGGAACAAACAUAUAGCACUUCCAGUAAGACUUUUUCUCCUCUCGAGAUUGCGUGGGUGGCAUGCCAUGAUAGAGACCACACUGAGCAGCUUUGGAGGGUUCUUUUUCAGUGUCUGUUCAGCGCUAUGGAUGCUGACAGCCUGCCAUGCAGUGCAGUGGAACAGGAAACAGCGUCGAGAGUGCAUAUUACGGGACGGAAAUCAAAGGUUGGCUGGAUUGCUGCUACGAGCCAACUGUCAAGCAAGAAAGAAUCCACGUAGAACUCGGCGCCUUUCUGAAAAGGCUUGGUUGCCCUGAACAAACAGCCACUGGUGUCGCAGAAAUCCUGACAUCAUGUUAGCCUUGGCAGCUGGUCUCCGGCUGUGCUUGUUUGCAACUGUUUCGAAGAAUGAGGGAAAAACAUUGAAGUGAAAGAGAUCGCGUCCCGAAGAAAAACGUUUUCAAGGAUCGUCCCGCCAGUACCAAUCACCAGCACUGUUGCUGUGCGUCAGGCGGUGUCGUUUAUCGCCGCCACAGAAACGUCUCUAAUCAAAGAUAGGCAGAGCUUCAUCAAACCGACAAGGAGUUUUAUACGCAUUGGUGAAUAACAUUCCCCGCAGUCGGAAGUGGAUUCACGAACUUAGGAAGACGCCAGUCUGCCGCUCCAGCGGACAAUCCCCUUCUCUAAGAAGUGUGGAGAACAGCAAGACAUAAUCCGACUGUCUAGAAUGUGUUGAGGAAGCGCACUACCAGUGGAAGGAGAAACCGUCCCAGACACCCAUACCUUUGAAUGCGUCUAGACGUACAAAAGUGCGCAGCUAGGCGUUCCUCGCUAGGCG